AUGCUUUCCGCACCCGAGCCGUACCCAACCGUGUCCAACAGUACUCCAGCUCCGGACGAUGCGCAGAUCGUCAGCAAGAUGCCAGAGAUAUGUGUUGACUACCUGAGCCACGAAUGGAAGGACGAGGAUGUGUGGAAUAGCUGGAAAGCCAUGACGAAGAAGAAGAACGAGAUAUCGAAUGGUGUGCGCUUGGAGAAUGCCAGCUGGCGUACUUGGGCAAAGCAGCGCGGCAGGCUCAAGACAAUCAGCCCCGAGACGCUCAAUUGGUUGAAAGAGAGUGAUGUUACAUGGCUGUACGGCCCUUUGCAUGGGCCGACAAAUUCCGUUCCUGCGCCAAAGGUGGCCACUACAGCAGAACGUCUUGGAAUCGAGGAGCCAUCGUGCAUCGCAGGCAAGAAAUCGAUUCUUAAACACCGCACCUUGUCCGAAGUACUCCGCACACCACGCAACAUCUCCCCUGAAGAGGACAUAGACGAACAGUUCAUGCGCGACGCUGGCGGGCUCAGUCCUCCUCCAGCGCUCCGCACUUCGCUCCGACGCAUCGAGUUGCUGGAACAAGAAAGCGACACACCCAACACGCCUGAAAAACCGAAGCGCCACAUUAGUUUUAACCACCGCGUCGAGCAAUGUGUGGCGCUUGAGCAUCCUAGCGGGACAGACUCGUAUUACGGUGGCGCGUACGACGAGUACUCGGACGAAGAUGAUUAUUCCGAUACCGAUAGCUACUCUGACUCUGCCACGCAACAGGACUCUGUCAUGAGUGGGCAAUCGCACCACUCUUCUAGCAGCAGCGAGCAGCGGCCCACGAUUGCUAUCUUGUCGCCGACCGAGCUCAAGACACCGCACGAGUAUCUACUGGACCAGGCGCCUGCCCUGAAUUCCAGUCGUUUUACCGACAGUGACGACGAUAUGUACGCAGACGACGAUAUGCGCUAUUCGAUGGUCGAUCCCGUCUCUGUAACGCAGGACCUUCCUUUGGACCAAGACGACUACGAUUAUUCGGCAUCCGACGAGGAGUACGAUGCUUCCAACCAUCUCCAGUCCGUAUCCAACAGCGCAUGCCAAAGACAUCCGACAGAUGCUGACACUCAUGUUUUAGGUACGGCGCACUAUGAACAGGGCGCAGAUGAGCGGGUAUCCGGCUCAUCUUUGCGUGGCCAAUCAUCGCAGCAAUUUUUGCAAGACCGGCCAUCUGAAUCUUGGAGUCCCCGCUCUACGAUACCCCCCCAUACUUUUGAUGAGACAGAAUCCGACGCGUUGGUCGUCGACGUGGAAAAUUUGCCGCGUUAUUCUCUUGCGGAGGAGCGCGUGCAGCACAGCCGGGGCUUGCAAGAUGACUCAGCAUCGCCUAGAUCCCAGAAGCAGCGGACUACGUCGUUAAACACAUCUACGCAUGAUGUGCCAAGCACACAGGCACUACCAAAUACAUUAAGUGACCCAACUAUGCUGUUUGUCGACGAGGACGAAGGGUACCCAAGCGGCCUCAUUUCCAGCGCCGUGGAGAUCAUCAACACGGCGCGCGAUCUCGCUGGGACGCUGCUGGGGACGGAACCGCUUGGAUCACAUACUUGGUACGAGUAG